CCGGGCUCUCCGCGGUCUCCGCGCGGCGUGUGGCGGCAACGAGGAAGCGGAAGAAGCCGGGGCGCUCGUGGGCCGGGGAGGGGGCCGCGUCGGAAGGCGCCCGCCUGCGGAGGCGUCGCGGGGCGGAGGAGCCGCCGGGGAGCGGAACGGCCUGCGCGCUGCCGGGAGCUGGUGCCCCGCCACAGCUGCUGCCGGGGGAUUCCCAUGCAUCAGGAUGACAGUCAAGCUGGGCGACCACGGCGGCGGCAGCAGCAGCGCCAGCGCCGAGGACGGCUUGAGGAAGCUGGGCAAGCGAGCCGGCGAGGAAGAGGGGGGCCCCGAAGCAGGAGCUGGAGAGGGGGGCCCCACCGGCACCAAGAAAGGCGAGGAGGUGGCCCUUCGGGGCGAGCCGAACGGGGGUCCCUCCUCGGCUGCCCCGGCUUCGCCCCCCGCCUCGGGCCCGCCGCCAGCCCCCGGCCACGACCAGCAUCACUUCCUCCGGUCCAGCGUCCGACCUCAGAGCAAGAGGCUAAGGAAGGAUCCCCAGGCAUCCUGCGCAGGCGGUGGGGGUGGCGGCGCAGCCCCCACUGGAAAAGGAAAAGGUGCAGAUAAUGGUGGGACCUCAACCAGCAACUCCUCAGGAAUCCCUUCCAGCACCCCAGCCAGCAAUUCAAAAUCUACCGCAAGGAACCUGAGCUCAUCAACUGGAGAAAAGGAAGAAGGCAAGAAAGUUAGGCGUCAGUGGGAAUCCUGGAGCACGGAGGAUAAGAAUACCUUCUUUGAGGGCCUCUAUGAGCAUGGCAAAGACUUCGAAGCCAUUCAAAACAACAUUGCCCUGAAGUAUAAGAAGAAAAGCAAGCCCGCCAUCAUGGUGAAGAACAAGGAGCAGGUCCGGCACUUCUAUUACCGCACUUGGCACAAGAUUUCUAAAUACAUCGACUUUGAUAAUGUGUUUUCUCAAGGGCUGAAAAAAUCCUCCCUUGAGCUUUAUGGCUUAAUUUGUUAUGGGGAGCUCAGAAAGAAGAUUGGGGGCUGUAUGGAUGACAAAAACGCAGCUAAACUCAAUGAGCUUAUCCAAGCUGGAGCUACAACAGUUCGUUACAAAGGCAGGAACCUUCGCAUCAAGGCACCGAUGUGUAGGGCUCUGAAGAAGCUCUGUGAUCCAGAUGGCAUAAGUGAUGAGGAAGAUCAGAAGCCUGUGCGUCUUCCACUGAAGGUCCCUGUGGAACUGCAGCCACGGAAUAACCACGCAUGGGCCCGUGUGCAGAGUCUGGCCCAGAACCCACGUCUCAGAAUGAUUGUGGAGCUGCAUCGGAAGGUGUCCAGCCUCAUUGAGUUCCUGAAACAGAAAUGGGCUCUCCACGAAGUGCGCAUUAGGAAAACACUAGCCGAAAGGCAGCUGCAAGACUCAAGAGAUGCCGAAGCAAGCAGCAGCUAUUCAGAAGAGAAAAUGAUGCUUCACCUCUUCCCGGGAGAGAACUGUACGCUUACGCCCCUGCCUGGGGUUGCCCGAGUAGUACACUCCAAAGCUUUCUGCACCGUGCAUUGGCAGGAAUCUGGCCGGUGCAAGCAGAGUACAAAAGAUGUCCACUUGCUUCCCCCUGCCCAGAUCCUGGGCAUUCAGAGUGGUCAGGGGACAGCCAGAGGACAGGUGAAAUACUCACGGGGGGCAGAAAGUAAGGGCGGAACCAAGCCUGAGAGUGCUGCAGAAGUGAGUAGAAACCCUCAGUUGACCCUUGAUCCCACGGCGAACACUGGGGAUUGCUCCCCCGAAGCUGGGCUGGCUGAAGGAGCCUCCUUGGACCUCGGCCUCGUCAACCAUCUCAGCAAAGCCCCUGCUGGGCUUCAGGACCCAAGCAGGAGCCUCGAGAAGUCCGUUCCCCUGGCCGAGAGCAGAGAGGCGGCUCCCGCCGUUGCCUUGUCCACUGAGGUAGACUCAAGCAGCACCAAGUGCAGUUGUGGCAGUCUCCCCCCGGAUCUGGAGGAACUCUCUCUGCUCGAUCCUUUUCCGCGUUACAUGAAGUCCUGCCAGGAUCUGAUUGUCCCUGAGAAGUGUCUUUGUGCGGACAAGCCAGACAGGAAAGACGUUGCCUUGCCGGAAAGCUCCCCUCCCAGUGGGGUAUUCCCUGGCAGCACAGAGGCUGGCCACCUCAGUCCCACACAGCUGGCGAGUGGCAGGGUGGAAUUGCCCAGUUGUGGUCCUUCCACAUCUGAAACUCAGGCCUUCCACUGCUAUGGACUUCAAGCAGAACCGUGUGUUAAGGAGCUCUCUGAUGCAGUAAUGGAGGACUCUCAGGAGAAGCUCAACGCCUCACUGCCAGCGCCGCCACCACCUCCACCUCAGGGACAGAUGGUCACGAAGUCUCUCAAGGAUGACCCCAGCCGCCUUGCACAGCAAGUCCGAGAAGAGGGAUGGAGCCUGCGGACCUCCGAAAGCCUUACCUUGGCUGAAGUCUACCUCAUGAUGGGCAAGCCGAACAAACUGCAGCUCGAGUAUGAUUGGCUGACUGUCUUGGGGCAGGAAACCCAGGAUGACGGGGAGCAGAUCUCUGAACCUAAAUCUGUUCCUCCAUCAGCCACUUUUCAUAAACAGAAACUCCUCAACUGCCUCUUAAAACUCAUCUCUACUGAAGUUAACCCCAAACCAAUCCCUGAAAUGAAUUCCGUUGCGACGUCCCCGAUCAAGCCCGUUCAAGAGGAGCAUGCUCUGACCCCUCCUGGGAAGGUGAUUGCCGUUAGCGCCAGGAGUCCGGGCUGUGCGCGCAAUCAGCCUGCCCUUCAUAAGAAGACCGUUUCCCCCAGUGCCACUUCCAGCUCCUCAGGUUUGAGAAAUCCUUCUAAACCCCUCUUGGUGGCUAGUCCUUCAAGUUCCAGCAAUCCUGAUGCAGAUGGCGGCCUCUUUGCCAUUCCCACAACUCUCCCACCGAACAGCAGGCACGGAAAGCUUUUCUUGCAAAGUAAAGAAGCAGACCUGAGCUUCCGCCAGCGCUUGGACACCAUCAGUAUGCCGUCUGACUUCUUCUUGCCAAAGCCAAGAAAACUACGCAGCAGACACCUGCGGAAGCCGCUGGUUGUACAGAGAACGCUGCUUCCUAGGCCAUCAGAAAAUCCUUCCCAGCAUGUUUGUUCCUUUUCCAUCCUGUCUAACUCUUCCAUAACAGGAAGGGGAUCUUUUCGGCCAAUCCAGUCUUCGCUGACUAAAGCUGCUGUGUCGCGUCCCAUUGUUCCCAAGAUUCUUCCAGCUCAAGCCACCAGUCGUCUGUCCAGUGCUAUUGAUUUGGCAGCUAAAUCUGCCGGGAUUAUCCCCGGCAGUCCUUUGCCACUUCUGGGAACCGAAGGCUUGCCCAGCGUUUCCCCACUCUCACCAGAGGCAGUAACCACCGUGGUUGGAAGUCAAGACUCCACAGGGGCACGUCAGAAUGGAGGCUCCGUAGCUACAGUGGCGGGUUCAAGCCAUGAAUGUCGGGUUCCUUUCCUUGGCCUACCAUCCCAGCCUGAGCAGGAGGCCAUUCCUGAUGGCUUCCAGGGAACGCCAGUCCUUUCUCUGCCAGAGCUGCCUAAAACAUCUCUCCAGAAUGGUCUUUCUUCACCUCCACUUCCCUCUUCUGAGACUUCCAGUACCCGUCUGUCUCCUCCCAAUGUCUCUGCUCUCCUCGACAUCUCUCUUCCUGGACCCCCCGAGGAUGUUUUGUCUCAGGGAGAACCUGCUACUCAAAUCAGUGAUUCCAUCAUUGAAAUAGCAAUUAGCUCUGGCCAAUAUGGAGAGAACGUGUCCCUGUCCCCAGCCAAGCUGAACGGCAGCGACAGCUCCAAAAGUCUUCCGUCCCCCUCCUGCAGCCCCCAGCAGAGCUGGAUUGCCUCGCCCAGCCACGAUCCGCAGUGGUAUCCCAACGACUCCACCGACUCUUCGCUCAGCAGCUUAUUUUCAAGUUUCCUCUCUCCGGAGAAGGGACGGAAAAUGCUGCCCACCUCAGUGGGCAAUCCGAGCAGCACCUCCUUGUUGGGACCUGGUCUGCUGGAUGGGAAUUCGCGGGAUUCUUUCGUCUCUCGGUCCAUGGCAGACGUCGCUGAGGUGGUAGAUUCCCAGUUGGCCUGCAUGAUGAAUGAGAACAGCAUAGACUACAUAUCUCGUUUCAACGACCUUGCCCAGGAGCUCUCAAUCCCUGAGCCGACCCGCCGAGAGAUUCUGUUUGACGGAGGGGGUGGCGGCCCCCCCAUUGGCGACCUCUCUCAGUGAACGUAUCCCACCAGCUGGCUGGUGGGCACCACGGAGUUGGCCAUAACAUGGAGGAAUGACGUCAUUGCUAUGCAGCUGAUUGGUUUUUUUCGUUGUCCUGGCUGGAGCAUGCCUGAGAAGAAGAGAGAUUUUUUGUCCUCAGCCUUCUACAGUUCCUGGGAAGUGCAAUAUGCUGGGAACAAUACCAUGUGGAGCAGUAUUAUAGGAAGUGACACGUGCAAGCCGGGGACAAGCAAAGUUUACAAGACAGCUCUGGGUUUGCGGUCUGAGCAAGAAAUCCGACAAGCUACAUUCUUAGAUAGAAACCAAAACCGCUGUUGGGGUAUCCACAAAUAAGCUGAAAGUGGGGGUAAAUAGUAAUACGUUUUUGUUUGUAUUGCUUUUUAGAACUUCCUUUGUGACGCGCCUCUCUUGAUCUGUCAUGGUUGUCCUGUUGGCAAGUCGGUUGAACUGGCAGUCCUUGCACUUUCUUGUCACCCAGCCACUAAAUUCCACAACACUUUUACCAGAAUUCGUUCAUUGUUUCCUUGCAUUCAUUAACAUUCCAGCGUGGCAUGGUGGGGGGGGGGAAACCCAUUUCUAUUCUAGCUUUAAAAACUAGGAUACGGUCAGAGGGAACCUUGGAAGGACACAGUGCAGUACUUUCCUUGGUUUGCUUCUUUUUGACCGAACUCGCAUACCUUCUUCCCCAUCCUUAAAAUAAAUAAAGAAAUAAAAGCCAGCUGCCACCGAAGGGCUUCCAUUUUUCCUGCAAGGGACAGAAACCUUAUUAAAGGGACUCUGACUUACAGUACCAAGUAAACAUGUUCAUUCUUCCAGAACAGUGUUUCUCAAACUCUACAACUUUAAGAUGUGUUGUUGGAGUUGAGAAAUGCUGUUCUAGAGUCUUUUAGAUAUUUUCCCCUGUCCUUUUAAAGUCAAGUUCCUUUGAGUUGAGUGUAAUCCCUGGUGAUGGCCAUGGAUAUAUCCUUGUAGUUUCCUUGGCAACAGUACAGAGGUGGUUUCCAUCGUCGUCUUUGGGGAUGUGUUUUUGACUUCACAGCCUAGUCUGCAGCUCAAGGUGUUCUUGGUGGUACUUGGAUGAGACACCUCUUGGUAGAAUCGGGGCCGUAGACUAGACUGGGAUGUCAAAACAGUCCCCAGAGAAGAUAAUAAUAAUUCAUUUCCGUAUUGCUAAAAAAAAGAAAUCAUGUUUGUGUCCCUUUAAGCAUCAGGAGUCAAGCUUGACGUGGAGGCACCUUACCUUUCCUUUUUAAGAGCCCCCUUUGAUUAUUGGAGUUCAGCCUUUCGGAGAACAAAUCCUCUCACACAAAUUUCCCAUUACAGUUGAGGUGCAACACUUUGAUCAUGACUUGCAGGUGAAAGGAACAGGGGUAAAAUUCUCCCACUUCCUGGAGGUUCCCAUCGUGAAUAGCAGUUUAACACUGGGGUCUCUCAUCUACAUCUACAGUUAUAAAAUGCCCUUUCUGAGGCCUGUAUAUGUACGCCUCUUAGCCUUCAGAGCCUGGCUACCAGGCAGCCAGCACUUACUUAGGUUUGCAGCCAUCAGGAACCAUCUAGUCCGGUGUUCCUCAGCCUUGGCAACUUGAAGAUGUGUGGACUUGAACCCUCAGAAUUCAUGGCUGGGUGGGGAAUUCUGGGAGUUGAGGUCCACACAUCUUCCAGCUGCCAAGGUGGACAAGCACUGAUCCAGUCCCUCUCCUGUACUGAUUAUUCCAGGCAUAACAGUCCACUUGAUAAUCUCCUGCAAGCAAACAUUUCUAAACAUCAUUCCAUUAGGAAAUGCUGUUUACCUGUGAUCAGCACCAUUCUUUACAAGCCUGUGCUGUCCUGUGGAUGUGUCAUUUUUCUUCAGAUGUUUGACUGGCAGUGUGACUUCAGAUCUUGUCCACAGGGGCUUGGUUGCUUUUGCCCAAACCUGUGGCAAGGGGACCAAAAGUGCUGAUCAGGAGAAGCACCUCUGUUCCUGGGACUUAACCCCAGCCCUCUUUCAUUAUCUCUCCAAGCUUCUGCCCUCUGCCUUGUUGCAGAACCGGAGUGCCUCUGCUAACUUUAGUGCAAAUUGUAUUUGUGGCUGAGUCCACCUGCCAUUCAUUAAACCAGCGUUUCUUGACCUUAGCAACUUGUAGGGGUGUGGACUUCAACUCCCAGAUUUCCCCAGCCAGCUUUGCUUGCUAGAGAAUUCUGAGAGUUGAAGUCCACACACCUGCAGGUUGCCAAGCUUGAGAAACACUGCAUUAAACUAAGAUGCCCUCCAGAUUCUGGAUAAGCUGAUUGGAAAAAUGUUGAGAUCAUGUAAACCUCUUACUCUCUUUCAGGCCAAAAUGUCCUUCAGGAUUGAGAUAUCAAGACAUAAUAGUAGUCCAGACAGUUCUCGCAGCCCAAAGAUUCCCUGCUUUCUUUUACCAGCAAGAGGGAAUACUGGAUGUUUGUGAAUCAAGACACCAGACACCUCCAGACAGCACCUGUGAUUUAGGAGGUGUUUUAGCAACAUAGCCUAGAUAGCCCAUUGCUGGAACCUUCUCAUUGCACCCAAGCAUAGUUUCUGCCAGAGUCUGUCAGAUACAGCCUACUUUCUCAUCAGUACCUUUCAGCUCUUCGCAAUUCUCUGCCCCAUAGAAAACUUCUUAUUCAACAGGCUUUGUUCAAAUAAGGCAACACAGGCUAAUUCUUCUAGUGAGGAUCAUGCAACUUGCACUGUGGUUAAAGGCCUGUAUGUGAAUUUUUUCCUUAGGAAUUCUUUCCUCUUAAUUAUUGGGCUAGUUCACAUGGAUUUUUUUUUUUACUCAGUCAGUUUAUGGAGCCCCCUGUCCUCAGUGUGUCUGGAUUAUUCACCUAUCUUGCAGUGGAAUCUAAAGUCCUAUUCAGAUACCUGUCCAAUUUCCUUCUGCCACCAGCUUUCUCCAUCUGUGAAAACACAGGGUGUUGUAAGAGCUAUUAUAGCUACGCAUCAGGCCAGCAGAUUUUUAAUACUGUUUUGUUGCCUAAUGCAUCCAGGAAGUAAGCUAACAUUUGCAAGCAGACCCUUUCCUAAUAAUUAACCGUUUUAAAGCAGUAUAUCAGCUUUAGUACUUCUGAAACUGCACACAAGUCUGAACUUUCUUCCAAGCUCUAAUUGUCUCCUUUCCUGUCUAUUUUUUAGCAAAAGUGUCCACAAAGAUGAAAAAUCCUUUUGUGGCCUUUUAUCUCUUGCAUACUACAUCUAAAGAGCAGUGACAGCUCUGUUUUUAGAACUAAACAAAAGGAAAUCGCUGGUGAUCUCGACUUCAGCCAUUGAUUUUGCUACCAAAAAAUGCUUAUUUACAGAACACAAGUAAUCUUCGGUUCUUGGGAAGCUGCUGGCCUUGAAUAAUGCCAGCCUCCAUAGUUUGAGAUGCAGCAUUAUGGCUGGUGUCGCAAUACACUAACUAGAUAAGUGCAGGAGGCAAUUCUGAGCUGUUCUCCUGGCCCCUUUGGAUCAAUAAGAACGUUGAAUUUGUUGUAAAGAACACCUGUGCAACUUCUAGGAAAUUUGCAGGCAUGGCUGCUUCUAAGUCGAAUCGUCUUAUUUUUGCUUGAGGCUCUUGUGACUGCCUGGUUUUCAUUUGUGUAUUUGGUUCCUGGAAAGCUUUUUUGCUUCAGUGUCCCUUUUGCUAUCAUAUGAUGGAUUGAUGAGUGCAUUUACAACUGAGAAUGUAUGCAGUGGAUAUAAGCUUUUCUCAUAGGCCUACAAGACAGUUUGCUCCUAACCUAAUGUCAAGUUUUAAGAAUGUGGGUUAGGCGUUGUGUCUGCCAAUUUUUGAGUGCCUAUAUUGGACAAUAGUGGAUGGUCCUGCUUGUGGAUUGCAUUUAAAUUGGCCGGUCAAUUCAAUCAUUCGCUUUAUUUUAGUUUUUAUCAACUGGGAUACAGUUCAUUAGGAGUUUCAUCUACACAGUGUUCACUGAAGUGAAAUUCCACAUGACCGGUGUCCUAAUUAUACACACACUUUAUUUUCCUUUACACAAAGUGGUUCUAAACUGGCAUUAUGUAACCUCUCUUUGAUUGUUAACUUUAUGCUUUCCUAGCCAGCUUAGACAACUUGAUUUCAAUUCUACCCAUAAAGAUGGCCUGUCUUUGACUUGACCAGUUGUGGGUUUUUAGCAUUGCAUUUCGGGUUUGGUUUUUUUUAAACACACACAUAUACACUCAUACAUGUACGCCUACACAGAGAAGUCCAUUGAAUUUGUAAGGAGAAUACAGCACUUUUUUUGAGUUACCAAGCCCUUUUAAACACUUUUCUCGUGAUCUGUAAAUGCUAAAUAAUGAAAAGGUUUGCAAGCACUACAGCAAUGAGUUAUCAUUAGUUGCCAAAAUGUGAUAACUGGCUUGAGAGCUUGUGGAUUUGGCAGCAGACGAUGUUGCUGUUUCUUUAAUAAUAGUUAAGCCAUAUCAUCUAAAGUUUUCUGUCUUGUUUUUGAAAUGUGAAUUUGUUUUUCAAAUAAUAUGCAUCUAUAGCGUAUGUAUAAAGCAAGAAUGCCUGUCCUUAACUGAUUAUUUUUUGUACCAUAUUGUAAAUUAUAUUAUUUAUUCUUUAUCAAUUUUUGGAAAAAGGAAAGGUGUUUGGGUUAUUUAAUACAAUAUACAAAACUUAACUUCCUCUGUUUUCAAUUUCCAAUUCAACUUGUAAAGUUGUUUUUAUGAUUGUCCAUAAACACUUACUAAUCCUUGGUCUAA